AUUGUUUAUUUUGUUGUGGUGUAAAAAUUGUUAUCAAACCGCAACAGAGAUAACAAAUUUUAUAGAGGCCAAUAUGAGCAAAGUAAGCAACAUCAUGCGUCUGGCGCUGUUGCAGCUGAAGGGCUCCAAGGACAAAACGGUCAACGUCCAAAAUGCUGUAAGCAAAAUAGAAGCGGUCGUCAAGGAGCACCAGCCCCGCCUGAUCACGCUGCCCGAGUGCUUCAACGCUCCGUAUGGCACCAAAUACUUCCGCGAGUACUCCGAAACCAUACCGGAUGGCUACACCUCGCAGCAGCUCUCGAAUCUCGCCAAGAAACAUCAGGUGUACAUUGUGGGUGGCACCAUACCGGAGCUGGGAGAGAACGAUGCCAUCUACAAUACGUGCACGGUGUGGUCGCCCAGCGGUGAUCUGAUAGCCAAGCAUCGGAAGAUGCAUCUCUUCGACAUCGAUGUGAAGGGCGGCAUUCGGUUCAAGGAGUCCGAGACACUCUCGGCGGGCAAUGACUUCACCACCAUCGAUGUGGAUGGCCACAAGAUUGGCAUUGGCAUCUGCUAUGACAUUCGCUUCGAGGAGAUGGCGCGUCUCUAUCGGAACGAGGGCUGUGAGAUGAUCAUCUAUCCGGCCGCCUUCAAUAUGACCACUGGACCCCUGCACUGGGAGCUGCUUCAGCGUUCCCGAGCCAACGACAAUCAACUCUUUGUGGUAACCACAUCCCCGGCUAGAGAUUCGAGUGCUGAAUACGUAGCCUAUGGCCAUUCGAUGAUUGUUGACCCUUGGGCCAAGAUCCAGAAGAGUGCCGGCGAAGGGGAGGAGACUGUGGUGGCCGAUAUUGACUUCUCGCUGGUGGAGCAAGUGCGUCAGCAGAUUCCCGUGUUCAGCCAACGUCGCCUGGAUCUGUACGCCACCGCAAGGCAUGGCCAAUAAUGCAUUUAAUAUUUGUUGAUUGUUAUUGUUUAUAAAAUUGAAUAGAACUUAAUUAUUUUUCA